AUGGAGAACUGCCUAUAUAUCACUGGAUUCGGUAACGGGGUCACCAAAGACGAGCUUAGAGAUUUUUUUGAAGGCUACGGUAAGAUUGCUCGAGUAGACAUUCUACCAUCAAGAGAUCUUGAAAGUACUCCUUACGCCUUUGUGCAGUUUCAGGAGGCUGCAGACUUUGAAGCUGCCCUUGCAAAGAAGUCCCAUCUCUGCGAUCUGGCUGUCGACCCUGAGAAAGGGUUGAAGGUGGAGAAAGCAAAAAGUGCACCAAAUCUAAAGCGAGACCGCAUGUUAGCGUCUCGUAGAAGGUACGGAAGUGGAGACGGCUAUCGCAGUUAUAGGGGUGGAUAUCGAGACUACUACCAUGACAGGUACUCUGAUCGUGGGUAUCAUGAAUAUAGUAGAGACCCCCAUCCACGAUACAGACCAUCGGAUUAUGACGAGGGAUACCACAGGAACAGCUAUGACCAUUAUUAUGGACCGGAACCCCCGUAUGAUUACAGAGAUGGUUACUAUAAUGAGAGAAGAUCAAGACCAAGUUCAAGGGACCCCAGAGACUAUGAUCCCGAUUAUUAUCGAGGAUACCACCCUCAAGAUCGCCACUACUACUCUUCCCGUGACUAUUCUAGGGAUUAUCAGAGAGACAGAAAAUAUGAGCACCCCCAAGACCAUGAAGGGAAGGCCUCCACUGCCUACUAUAGGGAUCGCUACCCAGUAAGGCCCUCGAGGAAAGACGAGGCCCUACCUUCAACUGGUCCACCAAGCGCAGAUGGUAAAUCACCAGUCGCAAACGAAGAACAGGACUCGUCUAUACGCAACAACUAG